AUGUUGCUUGAUUUAGUCUAUUUUAUUCUACUAGCUAGCGUUCACGCAUUUCACCCACCAACUCUUACUACUGAAACUGGAGAAGUUCAGCAUGAUCCUACGAUUGGUUACUUUAUCCAGCGAGAUGUGGGUCAAGAGAUUCGUUUAACAUGCUCUGAUAUUACCAACGAAGCUGUCGAAUUCGCGUUCCCGAACCUGACCGACAAUCGCGGCUAUUCAGAAGAGGACUUCAAUUCACGAUAUACUUUAGAGGAUAUCGCCUAUGGUCAUACACUUCAUAUUAGGGAUUUAAAGGAAUCCGAUACAGGAACCUACAAAUGCCAUUCCAAGGAUGAUCCAUCUUUGAGCUCAGAGAUUCACAUUUUUGUCAAAGGUUCUGGAGCAUUUGUGCCAACACUUUUCGAAGGGUUGGUUGUUUCUGAGUCCGAGUUUGUUAUACCGUGCAAAUCCUCCCGGCAUGUCCUCAAGGAUGAAGUUGAGCUACGGGCCAAUGGAAAAGUCUGGAAAACGGCUUCGAAAUUUUACGACCCAAGGAUCGGAUUCAAAAUAAACAGUAAAAAUGCCGAAGAGAAGAUCGUCAAUCAGCUAACAUUUCAAUGCGUCUACAAGGGUUAUCCACCAGAUACGGCCACAUUUCUCAUUGUUAUACAGGAAACUCAAAAAAAUGAUCUCGAAUUCCUUUUUGAAGAGCCGGAUCCAUGGCCGUACGUCGGUGGAGCAUAUUCUUUAAAUUGUAUAUUGAAGCUCAAAGGAAAAGGUCGGAUAGAGAACAAAUACCAGUAUCAAAUCAACCUAACUUGUCCGCGAUGCUCACAGUCGGCGGUGAUUCACAAGAAGGCAACUCAGAGUGACCGGAUUAUCCACAGCAUUACGAUAGAUCCCCUCAGUUCUGAAGAUAGUGGCCUGUACAGCUGCAGUUGGUACUUCGAUACGGUACUGAAUCAGACGAUCACUAAGAAUGUGGACGUUUCGCCAAAGAAGGGACAGAUCAAGGUGAUUAAUAGAACCCCUCAAGAAGUCAACGUCAAAGAGGGUAACUCAAUCAAUCUCUCUGCCGAAUUGGCCGCAUUUCCUGACGAUUUUCCCGGUUUCAAUGCCAAAUGGAUACGGAAAUCUAUCAAACCACCGAAAACCGUAAAUGAAACGGAAAAUUUGGUCAGCGAUAAUGAUCAUGUAAUUAACACUGAUAGGAUAGAUGGAGGGCGAGUGAAUGAAAGAAUCGCUAUUAAAAAUGCACGCACGGAAAUGAGCGGCAUAUACGUUCUCACAAUUGAGCUGCUCGACACAGUUCGGACCAUUGAGUGGAAGGUGAAUGUGCAAAAUGAGCGCAUCAGCGCCCGAAUCGACAUAAUGGCGCCGAACAGCUGGGUCGUAUUCGAUCAGCAGUACUACCAAAUCGGUACACCGUUACAUGUGAACUGCUUAGUCACUGCUAUACCAUUGGCAACGGUCACGUUCAUGCGUCGCAGCCCCUCAUCAGCUGCUCCAUGGAUCGACAUUGACAGAUCAGAGUUGGUCGAACUGAAAGGAACGUAUGAAAGCGGCUACAUCUGGAAUACUACGGUUCAGGACGAUCUUGACUUGAAAUGUGAAGGGGAACGCGAUGGAAAGACCAGCUUCGAAGUUAAACGAGUUCGAGCGUCUGAAAGUGAGCCUUUUGUGAAGACAAGCUGGACACGUUCUACCCAUGCAACAUCGCAGGAGGAUCCGAAGGAAAUCUACGAGGGUGACAAUGUCAAGCUCACCUGUACAGUACCAAACGACGAAGAAUGGACAGUACAAUGGGUAUUCCGUGAAGCUACGAUAGGCGACGUCAGUAAUGUGGUCGACGCUCAUUCACGUCAUCUGAUCGCAAAUAUCAAUAAUGUAACCGGAAGUAACGCUGGCGAGUAUGUCUGUGUCAUGAAGAAAGGCAAUCAGGAGAAACGCCUAAAGCAAAUUAUAUCGGUAGUAAAAACGGUAAAACCCUAUCAUGCGCAAUCGGAUCCAGAAAAACCCCGGAUACUGUACUAUGGAAAGUCGGCUGAUUUUGAUUGCAUCAUUGAAGGCACACCGAGACCGGAUUUCAAGUGGCUGAAAGAUGGUCAACCAUAUGAAGGAGGUGAACUCUCAGCGGACAAUCGGCAUCUUCACAUCGCUCGAGUGGCAGCCGAAGAUAAGGGUGAAUUCGAAUGUGUGGCAACGAAUCGUGCCGGAACAAGUGUAUAUAAAUUCGCUACCAAGGUCGAUGGAGCGCCUAAGCGGGUAUCAAGCUCAUUUCUGUUCGUAGUAUUCAUGUUAUUGUUGGGACUACUGUUCUGUCUCAUUACAACUGUUAUCAUGUACUUGAAGCAACGUAAGAAAGCGAUUGAGCAGGACAGGGCCCUUAAUGUCCUCUACGAGCAGCUAAUGAAAACAACGGAAGGUCCGCCGCCUAGCGGGCCAAAACUUCCACUCGAUCAACGUGUCUAUCAGUUACCGUAUAAUCGGCAAUUCGAACUUGAACGCGAUAAUCUAGAAAUCGGGAACAGGUUGGGAUGUGGGCAGUUUGGACAAGUUUGGAUGGGUUGGUUAUCGAAGCCUCGGGUUACGGAUUCCAUGGCCGAAAAAGUCCGUCUACCAGUAGCUGUCAAAGGUCCAUUGGUCGGAACGAACGUGCAACACCAAAAAAUGCUAGCUGAUGAGCUAAAAAUCAUGUGUGCUAUUGGGAAGCAUCCAAACGUCCUCGCUCUCAUCGGCGCCAUUACAAAAAACAUGAAAGGUGGAGAACUCUACGUGGUUGUCGAACUUUGUGACAAUGGCAGUCUGAAGGAAUACCUUCUAAAGCAUAAGAACAAGUUCAUCAAUGAAUUGAAACAAUCUCAAAUACCUGAUGACGGUUAUUUGCGACCUGACUCCAGUGUCAAGAGCCAUUAUGCCUCCGAACAAAUUCCCGAUUGGUCAAACGAUAUGGAGUCGGACCGCCUGAUCUCUGACAGCACAAUGCUGGCCACUAGCGAUUUAAUAUCUUUUGCAAUGCAAGUUGCAAAUGGAAUGGAAUACCUAUCGUCGAUACCGUGUAUUCAUCGAGAUUUGGCUGCAAGAAACGUCCUACUGACGAGCAAGCGUAUAUGUCGCAUAGCGGACUUUGGCAUGGCCAAGAACGAAAACAAGAACUACUACAGAUUGCGGAAGAAGAAUGUGCUUGUACCGUAUCGUUGGAUGGCUAUCGAAGCCAUUCAGGACGGUGUGUACACAUUGGAGUCCGACAUGUGGUCGUUCGGUAUCCUGCUCUACGAAAUUUUCACGCUGGGUGGAUUACCGUAUCCCACAAUCUCGAAUGAGGACCUCCUGCCAAAGCUACUCGAUGGAUAUAGAAACACCAAGCCACAAUACUGCCAUGAAGACAUUUAUGAAUUGAUGACGCGAUGUUGGGACAAAGAUCCGAAUGAACGCCCAAAUUUCACGCAAUGUAUACACCAGUUGAAAGAGCACCUCCGGCUAGCAUCACCUCAGUUAUUGGAGCGUGUGGAAUUGGAUCUUGGCGAAGAAUGCAAACGUCAAGACGCCCUAGCUCAAUGGUUGACGCCGGAACCUGACCCACGAGAAGGCAUUAACGGUUUCGGCACUGUCAAUCCGUCCUCACCAAAGCAUACUGAGCAUAUUUAUAUCAGUGAAUUCUCUCGGUAG